CUUCUCAUCAGAGAGUAUACCAACACACCCAAGUAGGCUCACCGUAGCAUUGCUCUGCCUCGCCCAGCAUGCCGAUCCGCAACUUUGUGCACCGGCGCAACCACAAGGAGCGUUCCCAACCUACACAUCGCGCCCGCAAGUUUGGUCUACUUGAAAAGCACAAGGACUAUGUUCAGCGUGCACGCGAUCAUCACUCCAAACGGGAUCGCAUCAAGCGGUUGAGGGAGAAGGCACUGGAUAGGAACAAGGAUGAGUACUACUUUGGGAUGGUCAAGGGAAGGACGGAGAAAGGCGUCCACAUUCAAUCCCGCGGCAACGAGUCCCUCCCCACCAGCGUCGUCUCUCUUCUCAAGACGCAAGACGUGGGUUACGUCCGUAGGCAGGUGACCCAGGAGCGAAAGCGUAUCGAGGCCCUCGUUGGGCAACUUGCACCCAAUGUGCCCGAAAUGAGAGUGGAGUGGCUGCAGGAAAAGGAGAGCAGGACAGUUGCCCUCAAGGAGGCAGGACUGCUUGGUGCGGCGCAGGACAAGGGAAGAAGGAAGAGAGUGGCGAGGGAGUUGGAACUCAAUGAGGAGAUGGGUGAGGGAAAAGUAGGAAGUCAGGGAAAGAGGACUGUCUGGCUAGACGGAGUCGACCAGGUGCGCGGCUACUCUGCACCUAGCACUUCUAGCGUCACACUCGACGCCGCCGCCCCUACGGAUGACGAAGAUGAGUCGACGGGACGGCCAAAGCACCGCUCCAUCGAGGACUACGACUUGGAGGAUAUUGACGAGGACGUUCUAAUUGACGAUGGUGAGCUGAGCGAUUCAGACGAGGAAGACGAGGAGGAGUCCGAAGACGAAGCUCGGCGGCGUCCCACUUCUUCGUCUACAUCCCCGACCUCGGUGAAGAAGCAGGCUCGUCACCUUCAAAAACUAGCCGAGGACCGCCGUCGCUCCCGAGAGAAGCACUGGUCCUACCUCAUCUCCCUGCUACGCGCCAGACAAGUUCGCCUGCAUGCUCUACUUCAAGCUUCUACCCGUUUGGGACUCGUGAGAGCCCUCAUGGCCACCAAGGGUGGUACUUCUGUCAGCAAACACAAGAGUAGUGCUCAAGAGGCCGCUUUGAGAGAGGCAGUUGCGAGUGGCAAAGUCAGUAAGCAUGGAUUGGCCAUGCCUGGGAAUGAAGAGGAGGAUGAAGAAGAGGAUGUCAAUGGGAGGAGAGAUACGAGGCAGAAGGUCGUAUUUAAGUUUGGAAAGGAGAGGAAGAGGUAAGGCGGGGUGCGUGUGCGUGUUGAAGGGAAAGGACAAGGCGAGGUAGAGGAGAGUGCGUGUCUUCAUUGUAUUUGUAUACCAACCAUAUCAUUUCACAUCACAUCGGAUCAGAUUGCUGC